GCAACAUCUUCCUUAACAUUUCCUUGCAAAAGGAGCCACCAUACCAUGAUCUUCUCCACCACCGUUUCCUUAGAGCCACUCUUCAACUUUUGCCAUUCUCGCAGAGAAGCUUCCAUUCACCGUUCCAAGCCAAAGCCAUUGUUCCCGCCUUUCUCUCUCAGUUCCUCUUCCAACACCAUCAAAAACUAUGCCUCUUGGAACUUCUGCUAUUCCCGGCCACACCACAGGUUCCACACUCCAAAGUUUGAAGCUUUUGCAACGAAAACAGAUACCCUCGAGUCUCUUCAAUCCUCUGAUGUCCUCUUCAACCGGACUUUCCCCAUCAACCGAACUGAACUGGUGGAGGGAAAGAUCUUUGUAAGAUUAGAUCAGGGGAAGGAUUUGAGAAAUUGGGAGCUUACAGUGGGUUGCAAUCUACCGGGAAAAUGGAUUCUUCACUGGGGAGUUUCCCAUGUGGAUGAUGUUGGAAGUGAAUGGGAUCAACCUCCUCGUGAUAUGAUACCCCCUGGAUCUAUUCCUAUAAAGGACUAUGCAAUAGAGACACCUUUGAAGAAAUCAUGGUCAUCUGCUGAAGGAGACACUCUUCAUGAAGUCAAGAUUGAUCUUAAACCCAGCAAUGAAAUUUCAGCAGUUAAUUUUGUUCUCAAGGAUGAGGAUACUGGUGCUUGGUAUCAACACAAAGGAAGAGAUUUCAAGGUUCCUCUGGUCAACUCCCUCAAGGAUGAUGCUAAUAUUAUUGGACCUAAAAAGAGCUUUAGUUUAUGGCCAGAGGCCUUGGGGCGGAUAUCUAACAUUCUCCUCAAGUCGGAAGGAACAGAUGACAAAGUUCAAGAUAACAACAGUGAAUCCAGAGGUCCAAAACAGGAAAAUAGUCAACUAGAAGGUUUCUAUGUAGAACUGCCUAUUACCAAGGAAGUUACUGUCAAUAACUCUAUCAGUGUCUCCAUUAGGAAAUGCUCUGAGACAGCUAAAAAUCUUUUAUAUUUAGAAACGGAUAUAACUGGAGAUAUUCUCCUUCACUGGGGAGUUUGCAGGGAUGAUUUGAGAAUGUGGGAAGUUCCCCCAGCUCCUCAUCCACCAAAAACAGUAGCAUUUAAAGACAGAGCUUUGAGAACUCAAUUACAGUCAAGAGACAGUGGAUCAGGAAGUUCAGUACAAAUCUCCUUGGGAGAAGAAUUUUCAGGAUUUCUUUUUGUUCUUAAGCUAAAUGAAAAUACAUGGCUAAAUUUCAUGGGAAAUGACUUCUACAUCCCUCUCCCAAGUUCUAGUAGUGCAAUUAUUGGCAAUAGAGAGGAUCAAUCAGAAGGUGUGCAGAGGGAAGUGACUGAAAAAGCAGAUCAAGAGGAAUCUGUCUCUGCAUUUACUGAUGGAAUAAUCAAUGAGAUAAGGCAUUUGGUGACAGACAUUUCCUCCGAGAAAAGUCGAAAGACGAAAUCCAAAGAAGCACAGGAAAUCAUUCUUCAAGAAAUCGAAAGACUUGCUGCUGAAGCAUAUAGUAUCUUCAGAAGCUCCGUUCCAACUUUCUCUGAGGAAACUGUUGCGGCAUUUGAGGCUGCUGUGGUAUCUGAGGCUGCUGUGGAAUCUGAGCCUGCCAUGGAAUCUGACCCUGCUGUGGAAUCCAAGAAAGUGGUGUUGCCUUACUCGCCUCCAAAAGUAUCCUCAGGAACAGGCACUGGGUAUGAAAUAUUAUGCCAAGGAUUCAACUGGGAAUCUCAUAAGUCUGGAAGAUGGUACAUGGAGCUUAAAGAGAAAGCUGCAGAACUAGCGUCAUUUGGCUUCACAGUCAUUUGGUUACCACCACCUACAGAUUCUGUUUCGCCUGAAGGAUACAUGCCAAGGGAUUUAUAUAAUUUAAAUUCCAGAUAUGGAACCUUUGAUGAACUGAAGGAUGUGGUGAAAAGAUUUCAUGAAGCGGGAAUCAAAGUGCUUGGAGAUGUCGUUUUAAAUCACCGCUGUGCCCAGUUUAAGAAUCAGAAUGGUAUUUGGAACAUAUUUGGAGGUCGUCUCAACUGGGAUGAUCGCGCAGUUGUAGCUGAUGAUCCACAUUUUCAGGGGAGGGGCAACAAGAGUAGUGGAGAUAGUUUCCAUGCUGCUCCAAACAUUGAUCAUUCCCAGGAAUUUGUGAGAAAGGAUCUUAAAGAAUGGUUAUGCUGGUUGAGGGAAGAAAUUGGGUAUGAUGGGUGGAGGCUUGACUUUGUUAGAGGAUUUUGGGGUGGUUAUGUAAAGGACUACCUGCAGGCAACUGAGCCUUACUUUGCUGUUGGAGAAUACUGGGAUUCCCUCAGUUAUACAUAUGGUGAAAUGGAUCAUAAUCAAGAUGCACAUAGGCAGAGGAUCAUUGACUGGAUUAAUGCUACCAGUGGCACUGCUGGUGCAUUUGAUGUUACAACUAAAGGGAUUCUUCACGGUGCAUUGGAAAGAUGUGAAUAUUGGCGAUUGUCAGAUAAGAAGGGAAAACCCCCUGGUGUUCUUGGAUGGUGGCCCUCCCGUGCUGUUACUUUUAUAGAAAAUCAUGACACUGGUUCUACCCAGGGUCAUUGGAGAUUUCCCAGUGGAAAAGAAAUGCAAGGAUAUGCUUACAUUCUUACUCACCCAGGAACUCCAUCAGUGUUCUUUGACCACAUUUUCUCUCACAAUAAAACUGAGAUAGCGACACUUAUCUCUAUCAGGAAGCGGAACAAGAUCCACUGCAGGAGUACAGUUCAAAUUUGUAAGGCAGAAAGGGAUGUUUAUGCUGCUAUCAUAGAUACAAAAGUUGCUAUGAAGAUUGGACCUGGUCAUUUUGAACCGCCUAGUGGAUCCCAAAGAUGGUCCUCAGCUUUGGAGGGAAGAGACUAUCAGAUUUGGGAGGCAUCAUAAUGUAAUUAUAUGUAUCUUGUAAGUAUAUAUUCCUUUGGAAAAUCUUCCUUAUUGCAUAUGCCAUUGCCUUUCUUAGGAGGCAAGUAUAAAUAGUCAAGAAUAGGAUAUUGUAUUCGGAUUAUGGUACUGCAGGCUGCAAUUGAAGUGAGUUGAGUUGUGCCACACUGUUGCUGAACGUAUAUAUGAUUCAUAGAAGCAACAUUAUGGAGAAGGCUGCAGAGUGUUCGUUUCAGUCAAAAAGCUGGCUCCUUUGAAACUAGAAAGCCUUCAAAUCAGGAAAUGAAUUGUAUCAUAUGUUACUAUGUUUACAAAUUUAGACAUUUAUUAUGACAAUAAAUGUAUCGAACAACUGGCAUCGAUAGUACAUAAUUAUCUUUUAUUGUUUGUAAAAAUGAAUAAG